AUGGUACACUCCGUACGCCGUACAGGCACGCCUCACGAUAUCGUAAUACUCACCAUGAACGUCUCCAAUCGCACGCUAGAGUCGCUGGUAGCCUUGGGGGCGAAGAUCGAGCCCAUUCUGGAGCCCGUGCCUUAUCCGUUCGCCGUCACGGCGGACCGACUUGCCAUCAACAAGCCGUGCAGGUAUCCCAAGCUGCUGACGUGGAACAUGGUGUGCUACCUACCGCACCGCAAGCGCAUCUACCUCGACCUCGACCUGCUCGUGUCCUCCAAUGACCCAGGAGGACCCAUUCUCAAUACACAUCAUGUGACCAUCUCACCCCUCUCUUCUCUUCAGGUACACCUAGCUGAUGCGCAACGUGGUGUGUUACCGCAAGCUUAUGUGUCCGUUCCCUGCCUCCCUGCACGCAG